AUGGGGAGCAGCAUGCCUGCAAUCAUCAGACCAGCAGCGGACUUACCGCCAACAGGGCGUAGCUUUGAGCAGCACGUGGAGAGCCACUGGAAGGUGUGUCCCGUGUGCUCUGAGCAGUUCCCCCUCCACUGCCAUCAGCAGCUCUUCCAGAAGCACAUGCUCACACACUUUGACGGCCAUGUGCUAAACUUCGCCAACAUGGAACAUAAACAAGUUAAAGCAUGCACUAGAUCCUUUAGUGUGUGGGAGGAAGGGAUAGGGGUUCAGGUUGUCACCCCUAACGUUGGGCUAGAAGGGAUAGGGGUUCAGGUUGUCACCCCUAAGGUUGGGCUAGAAGGGAUAGGGGUUCAGGUUGUCACCCCUAAGGUUGGGCUAGAAGGGAUAGGGGUUCAGGUUGUCACCCCUAAGGUUGGGCUAGAAGGGAUAGGGGUUCAGGUAGUCACCCCUAAGGUUGGGCUAGAAGGGAUAGGGGUUCAGGUAGUCACCCCUAAGGUUGGGCUAGAAGGGAUAGGGGUUCAGGUUGUCACCCCUAAGGUUGGGCUAGAAGGGAUAGGGGUUCAGGUUGUCACCCCUAAGGUUGGGCUAGAAGGGAUAGGGGUUCAGGUUGUCACCCCUAAGGUUGGGCUAGAAGGGAUAGGGGUUCAGGUUGUCACCCCUAAGGUUGGGCUAGAAGGGAUAGGGGUUCAGGUUGUCACCCCUAAGGUUGGGCUAGAAGGGAUAGGGGUUCAGGUUGUCACCCCUAAGGUUGGGCUAGAAGGGAUAGGGGUUCAGGUUGUCACCCCUAAGGUUGGGCUAGAAGGGAUAGGGGUUCAGGUUGUCACCCCUAAGGUUGGGCUAGAAGGGAUAGGGGUUCAGGUUGUCACCCCUAAGGUUGGGCUAGAAGGGAUAGGGGUUCAGGUUGUCACCCCUAAGGUUGGGCUAGAAGGGAUAGGGGUUCAGGUUGUCACCCCUAAGGUUGGGCUAGAAGGGAUAGGGGUUCAGGUAGUCACCCCUAAGGUUGGGCUAGAAGGGAUAGGGGUUCAGGUUGUCACCCCUAAGGUUGGGCUAGAAGGGAUAGGGGUUCAGGUUGUCACCCCUAAGGUUGGGCUAGAAGGGAUAGGGGUUCAGGUUGUCACCCCUAAGGUUGGGCUAGAAGGGAUAGGGGUUCAGGUUGUCACCCCUAAGGUUGGGCUAGAAGGGAUAGGGGUUUAGGUUGUCACCCCUAAGGUUGGGCUAGAAAGGAUAGGGGUUUAGGUUGUCACCCCUAAGCACCCC